GGCUAACCUACCCCCCCCCCAGCCCAUUUUCUUGGAUCUCGACUCAUCAUCGUGCCUUCCGAUCGCCAAGCCACCUUUCCAACUGAGAGCGAAAAUUUCACAUAUAAGUCACACAGACUUCCCCCUUCUUUUCCAUCUCAUAUUCACUGCAUUUGAAGACCCAUUGUCCCAUUUGCACACCGUCACUUCCCACCUGAAUCAUUAUUUAAGGGUGCCUGCCAUAAAACUUGAAUCAUGUCUCCUCACAGCGAUGCCCCGUCACCUUCUGGGAGCUACACACAACCUCACGGUAUGCCAAUUAGGAUCACUGCCUCACAAUCUCAAAUUCCAAGAAACGUUUACUCAGACUCCGAAGCACACUACAGUAGCUCAUUUGAAAGCACCUCUACUACGGCAUCAUCCUUAGAAAUGGCAGAGAACGUCUCGCGGCCUCUUGUUCCAGGAGUCUAUGUCCCCACCGUCUGCUUCUUCCAUGUGGGCUCGGAGGAUCUUGACCACGAGACCAUUGCCACCCAUGCCGUCCGCUUGGCACGAGCAGGCGUUGCUGGCAUUGCAACCCAAGGCUCCAACGGCGAGGCAGUACAUCUAUCACACACCGAGCGCCAACAAGUGACAUCCACGACUAGGAAAGCCCUUGCCGAUGCCGGCUACAGUGACCUUCCAAUCAUUGUUGGUUGUGGCGCACAGUCUACUCGUGAGGCUAUCCAAUUAUGUAGAGAGGCACACCGCUCAGGAGGAGACUACGCUCUGGUUCUACCACCAUCCUACUAUGCACCUCUGUUUGCACCAAGCUCCAAAUCGGUUUUGAAGUUCUUCAACGAUGUCGCAGACUCUUCGCCAAUCCCACUCAUCAUCUACAACUACCCUGGCGCUGUUUCGGGUCUUGACUUGAGCUCGGAUAUCAUCAUUGAGCUUUCCAAGCAUUCAAACAUUGUCGGUGUCAAACUUACCUGCGGAAACACUGGAAAGUUGAACCGCGUCGUUGCAGCUACCAAGUCAUCCAAACCUGCCUCAAACCUGCCAUCAUUCCUUGUCCUCGGAGGCUCAGCGGACUUCACCCUUCAGACUAUGAUUGGAGGUGGACAUGGUAUCCUUGCUGGGCUGGCAAACAUCUCUCCAAAGGCUUGCAUUAAGACCAUCGAUCUUUACAAAUCUGGUAACAUUACUGAGGCUCAGGCCAUGCAAGAGGUCGUAGCCAAGGGCGACUGGGCCGCCAUUCAAGGAGGAAUUGUUGGCACCAAGGCUGGCAUGCAGGGCUGCUUUGGCUAUGGAGGAUAUGCGAGAAGCCCUCUACCGCAGCCAACCAAGGAAGAGGGACAAAGGUGGACAAACAUGUUCAAGGAGCUGGUGUCUCUGGAGAGGAGCCUCUAGUAUCUUCGACAGAUGGCCUCUCCGCUUGAUUACGCCCAGGGAGAAUUUCAAAACGCGUCAAGGAAAAGCAUGGCUGUCACAACCUCGGAAUUCGCAAAAGCAAACUUUACUAGAGAAUGUUUGGCAGGUUAAUAAUGGUCCAACACGACUCUGGCUGGGCCGGGGACAACUUAAUUGAGGGGUUGGACGGGGAGGAGGGUACGGCUAGAAUACGGAGAUUGACUUAUAUGGCGUUGCAUUUUAGGGGCCUCUCUGGCCAGAGAGGGCUAUUCAUGCGUUGCACCUUUACUUGUGAUCAUAGAUUGGUUUUGGGAUUGGGAGGCAACUCUGGGGCUCGAUUUAGAGCGCCUCAAAAACCAUCGUUAUAGCAAAAAAUUAUCAAACCAUAGAUAAUAAGAUUAACC